GUGGUGGUUGUAUAAAAUAGCUGAGCAAUUACAUAGAGGUAUCCAAUAGUCGGUGUAAGUUCGGUGACUAGUCAGUGAAUUCAGUGGUUAAUCUUUUCUGUUUAUUUUAACACAAGUCAAUUUUUUUACAUUUUCAAAAUGAACGGUCUUCUUUUGUGUCUCGUCGUCGCCACGGCCGCCAUUGUCUCCGCUGAGCCACCAAGCAGUUACAGCCGACCAUCGUUCGGCGGUGGACACUCGUCCGGCGGUGGACACUCAUCCGGCGGUUUCGGCGGUUACUCUUCCGGCGGCGGCGGUUUCGGCGGUUACUCUUCCGGCGGCAGCGGUGGCGGAUACUCUUCCGGCGGCAGCGGAUACUCUUCCGGCGGCGGCGGAUACUCGUCCGGCGGUAGCGGUUACUCGUCCGGCGGCAGCGGUUACUCUUCCGGCGGCAGCUACGUACCAGUAGCACCGGGACCAUCCACAUACGAAGGACAGUACGUUGACGGACAGUUGCUCGAACAGAUCAAGCAGAUCGUACUCAGAGACGAAGCCCAGAACUCCGGCUCCUCCUCCGGCGGAUACCCGUCCUCGUCCUACGGCGCCCCGUCCUCAUCUUACGGAGCACCAUCGUCGUCCUACGGCGCCCCAUCAUCGUCCUACGGAGCCCCGUCAUCGUCCUACGGUGUCCCGUCCCAGUCGUACUCUAGCCGCGUCGUCGGCGUCGAACUGGAACAGGUGAAACCAGCCAUCCAAGUGGCCCAAUUCCAACAGUCCGGCGGAUACUCGUCCGGCGGCGGUGGCGGUUACUCUUCCGGCGGUGGCUACUCGUCCGGCCCGUCGUCCUCCUACGGAGCUCCCUCCUCCAGGCCGUCGUCGUCCUACGGAGCACCGUCGUCCUCUUACUAAUAGCUUUCGGUGCGCGGCUGCUCGGCCCGUCGUCACCAUCUAGCGCGGAAAACACCACAAACCGCAGCAAACCGCAUAGCAAAUAUCCAUCAUAAUCGCAUAACGUACACAGACUAUCCUCCGCCCCUUCGACGCCGCCGUGCCAGACCGCGACGUACAUCAGCCCUUACUGCGUGUUAUAUUAUUAUUAUUAUUAUGCACUAUCGCGAUCUGCAGUCCUUCCCGGCAACAUUCAAAUAAAAAUUUAAUUUUAAAUUUAAAUCAAAUUAAAAAACGCGAGUGUACGUAAUAUAUAUAUUAUUAUACCACGCGCUUACGACAUAGUGUAUGUAUAUAUUAUUAUUAUUAUCAUUACCAUCGACAUCGCGACAUGGCGACGCGAAAGAGCACUUAUUUUUCGUAUUUUUUCUAAACUGUAUUUUUUUUAUAUUUUGUUAUAUAUAUAUAAUGUUUUUUUUUUAUCUAUUGUUAUAAUAUACGCGUGUAGUCGAAAGUUAAGCCAUAUCGAAUAUUUAGAUACUUACAUAUUAUUUAUGAUAAAAUAUUACAAUAGUGAAUACUAGACUAAAUGUAAUAUUGUCUGAUCAUUUUUUUAUGUAUAAAAACAAUACGAUAGAUAAAAAUUCAAUUUUUUUAUAAAAUA